UGGUUGUGUAAAGGGUAAGAAGGUAUCCACCAAUAAAGAAGAAAAAAUGUCUGACUCAUGCAAUUGCCGAGAAAGUGGAAUGUGCCAGUGCUGGGCAAGUCAAACCUGUCCAUCCAGUGUAUGUAAAUGUGGACCCGGAUGUAAAUGUGGAACUGGAUGCAAGUGCACCGGAUGUCAAGUGAAAUGCAGCUGUAGCGGUAAUUGCGGAUGUGGAAAAGGCUGCACCGGACCUGAAUCUUGCAAAUGCGCAAAUGACUGUAGCUGCAGAAAGUGACUAAAUAAUAGUCCUGAAUAGUCAGGAAUAUCUCAUGUUUCAAAACCAAAGAACAAAAGAAAUAGAUUUUCCAGUUAGAUAAUAAAAUAAAUAGAUUUUCCAGUUA